UGCUAACAAAAACUUGAUUUGUCUGAAAGAGAACACAGUCUCCCUCACUUUCUCUCUCUACUGUAUAGUGUAGAGGGAGAAAGCUAGCAAAAGGCCAAAAGCCAAAGAGAAGAAAAAAAGAAGAAAAGAUUGGCAUUUGAGAAAUGAGUAAAGCAAAAACCAUCUUGUCAUGUUCAGGUUUUCUUAGAGCUUAAAACAAAACCCAAAAAUAUAAUCUGAUAAAGAAUACAAAUAUAUAAUAUAGAAAGAGUAGAUAAAACCCAAAUGCUGGUGCCCAUUUGAGCUACGCGAAACAUAGGAUCCUGUUCAUCAAUCCUAGAUCUUACUCGUUGCUCUCUCAGGAGGAUCUCGGGUUGGUGCAUAGGGGAGAACGUCUGGAUAUAUGAGGAGGUUAGAGAACAGAUUCAUAGUGUAAAUAUUGUAGAGACAAAAUGAAAUCUGACUUGCCUCUUGACUAUGCUGUGCUUCAACUGUCGCCAAAGCGUUCACGUUGUGAAUUGUUUGUGUCAAGUAAUGGAAAUACAGAAAGGCUUGCUUCAGGAUUAGUAAAGCCAUUUGUGACUCAUUUAAAGGUUGCUGAAGAACAGGUUGCACAGGCAGUUCAUUCCAUCAAGCUUGAAGUUGAAAGACAUAAAAAUGCUGAGACUUGGUUCACAAAAGGAACCCUUGAGAGAUUUGUGCGGUUUGUCAGUACACCUGAGGUAUUGGAGAUGGUUAAUACAUUUGAUGCGGAGAUGUCUCAGUUGGAAGCAGCACGGAGAAUAUACUCUCGGGGGAUCAAAGAUCAGCUAUCUGGUGCUCUAGGUGGGGAUGGCCAAGGAGUGGUGGCAGGAGCUGAUGCGACAAAAAAGGAGCUUCUGCGGGCUAUUGAUGUAAGGCUUACUGCAGUUAAGCAGGAUCUGACCACUUCCCUUGCUCGUGCAUCAGCUGCUGGUUUUAACCCUGAGACUGUGUCAGAGCUUCAGCUCUUUUCAGAUUGUUUUGGCGCCCAUCGCUUGAAUGAAGCUUGUAACAAAUUUAUCUCAUUAUGCGAGAGAAGACCAGACCUGACCAAUGAAUGGAAGCCAGGUGUUGAGGAGCAAGUGGUCCGGGCUUCAUGGGGUUCUGACAUGUCAAUUGAUGAUCCAUCGGAGGACCCACCUGGUUCCCACAAUAUUAGGGCCCACCAAUUUUCAUUCCAAAAUAAACGCCAACACCAGCGAGCGGGCCAAGAACUGCAACAGCCAGAUUUAACGCAAACCCCACACAACCUUAACCAAUCCAAACCUUCUACACUAGAUCCCAAUUCAUCUUUACAUACUCAACCAACUGUCCAGAACGAGAACAAGGAAGAAAACAAGAAAGAGGAGCCUGCUACUGAAUCAUCCCCUAGUCAAUCAAGCCAACCUGCUAGGCGACUCAGCGUGCAGGACAGGAUCAACCUGUUUGAGAAUAAGCAGAAGGAAAACUCGGGUGGUAAACCUGUAGCUGUAGGGAAAUCUGUAGAAGUGAGGAGACUCUCUUCUGAUGUAUCUUCUGUGCCUGCAGUUGAAAAGUCUGUAUUGAGGAGAUGGAGUGGUGCAAGUGAUAUGAGCAUUGACCUGGGCAACGAGAAGAAGGACAAUAACUGUACAGAUAUCCCUUUGUGUACACCCUCUUCAUCUUCUGUAUCUCAAAGCAAAAAUAAUGUGUUUUCUAGCUCGUCUACAGAUGCUAAGGAUCAAAAGGUGUUGAAUGAUACAGCUAGUUCAGUUAAGGCUGAGGCUAAGAGUGUUUCGGGGUUCAAAGAUCAAGGUGACUUGCAAGCACAUGUUAGUGGAUUUUUGGGGAAGGACGAGGAGGUUGGGUUGAAGGGGAAGGUGAAUUCAAAAGAUCAAGUGGGGUCUCAGGCCCAAUUGAGAUCAUUUACUGGUAGAGGUGAGCUGGCCAGUGUUGAUCAGGGGGUUAGAGAGGAGAAGUUUAAGGGGACCUUGGAUGGAGAUGAGAAGAGUAGCGGAGUAAAAGGUCAAGGGGGUUUUGAUGGAAAGUUGAGAGCUUAUUUGGAUAAAAGGGAGACUGUUGGAGUGAACAACGAGGCUGGAUUGCCGACUCAGAUUGGAAGUUCUGUGGGCAGGUUGGUGGAUGUUGAAUCUGGGAAUAGAGUUGAGGAUGUUACACCAAGGGAUCAGCCACCAAGGCAAUCAUGUUUAAGGGGUCCUCAGACUCACAACCGAUCUCUUUCAGGGCAGCUUGAAGGUGGUUUUGGAGUGAAAGUAAGAGAAGUUUCAUAUAAAGAAAUUGGUCAUCAGUCAGAUUCUCAGCAGCAGUGGAGAUCAUCUACUGGUGAAGUCGAGCAAGUGAGAAAGAAGGAUGUUGUGGUGUCUAUGAAGGAACCAACAAAAAUGGAAGAUGUUGAAGUUCCAAGAAUGAAGGUCCAGAAACCUUUUUCUGCAGGUCCUGAACACAUAUUGAAGCUGCAAGGGAGAAGAGAUGGGACUGGAUCUACUUAUGGAAGUAACAAGCCAGUUUUUCAUAAUAAAAAGGUUUCUGAGAGUCAAGAGAGCCUUGGAACUCCAUCAGUAGAGCAAGGUCAGAGGGUAAGGCAAUCUAAAGGCAAUCAGGAGCUCAAUGAUGAGCUGAAAAUGAAGGCCAAUGAGCUCGAAAAGCUUUUUGCAGAACACAAGCUUCGGGUUCCUGGGGAUCAAUCUGGUUCUACAAGGAGAAGCAAGCCUGCUGAGUUGCAGGUUGAUCAGGCAAUAAAUUCACAAUACAGAAAAUCGACAGCAAUGGAAAUAUCUCCAGUACAGGUUGAGGAUAAAAAGACAGAGGUUGAACCAAUUGUGAGUGUUAGUGAUAAUCCCGAGUUUAGCACUCCACCAAUGAAGAUGGUACAUCAGGACUAUGGCAGUUCUCUGAGACAGAAUUUCUCUGAGCUGAGUCUUUCAGAUGAUGCUAGAGGAAAGUACUAUGAGAGGUACAUGCAAAAAAGAGAUGCAAAACUGAGGGAAGAGUGGGGCACCAAAAGAUCAGAGAAGGAAGCCAAGUUGAAGGCCAUGCAGGAUAGCCUUGAGCGGAGUAGAGCUGAAAUGAAGGCCAAAUUUUCUUGGUCUGCAGACAGACUGGAUUCAGUGUCUAGUGCUCGUCAACGUGCAGAAAAACUCAGAGGAUACCAUUCUCGUUCUGGCAUCAAGAGAGAGCAGCAUUUGGUGGAUUCCAUUCAAAGUGAGGAGGAUGAAGAUUCUUCUAAAUUUCUGGAACAGAAAAAUUAUACACAGGAUAGGUCAUUAGGUGAGGUGUCUUUAGGGGAUGGUAGAAGCUCCCAAAACAAGAAGCUGCUGCUAAACAGAAAUUUGUCUUCAUCCACCCCUCGUACAACAGCAGCACCAGUUCCACGGUCAUCAGGCAAAAUUUCCAACCCAAGUUCUGGGAGACGGAGAGUACAGUUAGAAAAUCCUCUUGCACAAUCAGUUCCAAAUUUCUCUGAUUUCAGAAAAGAGAACACAAAGCCCUCUCCUGGAGUCAGCAAAAUGGCAAAUCGCACACAGGUAAGAACUUACGCCCGCAGCAAGAGUACAAGUGAAGAGAUACCUCUGGCGAAGGAAGAAAAGCCUCGACGUUCUCAGUCCUUGAGGAAAACCUCUGCUACUCCUGCUGAAUUCAAGGAUAAUUUGAAUUCUGAUGAUGUAGUUUUGGCACCAUUGAAGUUUGAUAAAGAGCAUGCUGAGCAGGGACCUUAUGAAAACUUUUCAAAGGAUGUGGAGUCAAGGCCUUUCCUUCGGAAGGGUAAUGGCAUAGGUCCUGGUGAUGGAACUAGUGUUGCCAAACUAAAAACUUCAGUGGCAUCUGGGGCUUCGGAAAAUGGAGAAGAAUUUGAAGAAUAUCCUGUUGAGGCAGAAGAUUCAGUCAAUGUAGCAAAAGAAGAGGAGGAGCUAGACACAACAGAGGUUGAAGGUUCUGCUAACACCGAAAAUGGCAAACCAAGACUAAGCCAGGAAUCCGAUAAGAUGUCUGAAUCUGAGAAUGGUGACUCUUUGAGAUCUCUUUCUCAAAUUUAUCCUUCUGUUAAUGAACUGCCAGGCUCUGUUCCGUCUACAUUCCACACUGUGGGGUCCUUGCAAGACUCACCUGAAGAAAGUCCAGUGUCAUGGAAUUCUCGCAUGCAUAAUGCAUUUUCUUACCCACAUGAGAUCUCUGACAUUGAUGCUUCUGUGGACUCUCCAAUUGGAAGCCCUGCUUCAUGGAAUUCUCACUCUCUUACUCAUACAGAUGCUGAUGCUGCUCGAAUGAGGAAGAAGUGGGGAAGUGCUCAGAAACCUAUUCUAGUUGCUAAUUCAUCCCAUACUCAGUCACGCAAGGAUGUGACAAAAGGGUUUAAACGAUUGUUAAAGUUUGGAAGGAAAAGUCGUGGAACUGACAGUUUGGUUGACUGGAUUUCUGCGACUACUUCUGAAGGAGAUGAUGAUGCAGAAGAUGCACGAGAUCUUGCCAAUCGGACAUCAGAAGACUUGAGGAAGUCAAGAAUGGGAUUUUCGCAGAAUCAUCCUUCUGAUUAUGGCUUCAACGAGAGCGAGUUGUUCAAUGAGCAGGAUCAAGCUAUUCAUAGCUCCAUACCAGCACCUCCAGCAAAUUUCAAACUGAGGGAUGAUCAUAUGUCUGGAAGCUCUAUUAAAGCACCACGAUCAUUCUUCUCUCUUUCGACGUUCCGGAGCAAGGGAAGCGAGUCAAAGCUGAGAUAGUUACACGAGAGGUACUGCUUGGAAUAUGUGACGUGAUAGGGUGUAAAGGAUUAUAUAUAGGAUACAAAAUGGUUGUUGCUGAAAUAUGUUGUAUAUUGUAUUGAAACAAAAAUGGCCUAUUGGCAUUCUUGUGAUUUUGGUAGUAUAGGAUCAAUUUUUUCUUCUUCUUCUUCUUCUUCUUCUUCUUCUUCUUGUCUUUGUUUUUGUUUUUGGUGUAGCCUUGUGUGAUGCAUUCAGACUCUUGGCAGAAAUAGAGUUGGACACUAUUUUAAGAAGAGUGAUUGUGAUAAGGCGGAGUAACACCAUGUAUAACAUUCACUACUUCAUUCA